AUGGACCGUCGAUUGUUGACCUGGGCGCCAAGUGCACGCCGAUCAUGCACGCUUGUUCAGCACACUUCGGUUGUAGCGUCUCGACGGCUUCUGUUAUUAUCACUAUUUUUUAUUGUCCUGAUUUUGUGUCCGUCGUCCGUAAGCGCUCAGACGCCGCGACAAGGAUGCGAUAACAGCGUGGAAAUGGUCAAGCUUGGCGUGCACGUGGGAGGCAACGCCACGACCAUCAGCGGCGGCAACGACCAUCAAAUCCUCGCUCUUGAAGCCAGCUUCGGCGCGGGCCUCCCCAAGACCAAGGCUGACGCGCUCUCCUUCUCCCUUGCGCAGAUGCAGCCUCUGCUCGCCUGCUCCGACCCCCUGCCUCCUCUCCCCUCAUUCCAGGGCCAGGCAGUGUUGGUGCAGCGAGGAGAGUGCAGCUUCGCCUCCAAGGCCCUCCGCGUGCAGCGCCUGGGAGCAGCUGCUGCCAUCGUCAUCAACAGUGAAGAAGGUAUUAUUGGGAUGGGCUGCAACGCGACAGACCUGACUGAAGGCGCUGUGACUAUUCCGGUGGUCAUGGUCUCCAACUCGUCAGGCCAAUUCCUCCUUCAAGCCCUCUCCAACGCCUCCGCCUCCUCCCCCUCCGCCUCCCCCUCCGCCUCCGCUUCCCCUGUCACCGUAUCCCUGUACGCCCCCCCACGCGCGCUGCUGGACGUGGCGGAGCUGGUGCUGUGGGCGCUGGCGCUGCUGUCGCUCGUGGGCGCGUCCGCGUGGGCUGCCGCGGAGGAGAGGGCGGCGCUGGAGGGAAAGAGCGGCGCGGGGCAGUCCCUGGCGGAUCAGUCCCAGGCCGAGGCAUCAGGAGCAUACGACAUGUCAGUGGGGUCAGCAGUGGGGUUUGUGGUGAUGUCGUCUGUCAUGCUGGUGCUGCUCUUCUUCCUCAUGUCGCCUCUCGUCUUCUACAUCAUCCUCACACUCUUCUGCGUCGCCGCUCUCGAGUCGCUCCAUGUGUGCCUCUCCUCGCUCCUCCACAGCCUCUUCCCACUGCAAUCGCCUCACGGCAUCACUCUCCCCCUCCUCGGCUUCGUCUCGUGGCUCUCCCUCUCCUCCUUCCUGCUCUCCCUCGCCCUCACCAUCACCUGGGCCAUCUUCCGCAACCACCCAGACGCAUGGGUUGCACAGGAUAUCCUGGGCAUAGCGCUGAUGAUCGCUGUGCUGCAGGCAGUGCGACUGCCCAACAUCAAGGUGUCCACAGUGCUGCUCUCCCUUGCUUUCUUCUACGACAUCUUCUGGGUCUUCAUCUCGCCGCUAUUCUUCAAUGGAAAGAGCGUCAUGAUUGAGGUGGCAACAGGGGAGCGCACCGGGGGAGAGGGCAUACCCAUGCUGCUCAAGGUGCCUCACAUAACGGACCCAUGGGGGGGUUACUCCGUGCUGGGCUUUGGAGACGUCGUGAUGCCGGGCCUGCUCAUUGUCUUCACCAGAAGAUAUGACUGCAUUACCAAGAAGAUGGGCAUGGACGGGUAUUACCUGCCUGCAAUUAUCGGCUAUGCAGUGGGCCUGCUGCUCACGUUUGUGGGGCUGCUUUUGAUGAGCGGCAACGGACAGCCAGCACUGCUUUACCUUGUUCCUUGCACUCUUGGGGUGAUUGUGCUGUUGGCGUGGCGGAGAGGGGAGCUCAGUGCUCUCUGGAACCGAGGAGAAGAGAGCUCUGAACCCAGGGUGUCUGAGGACGAGGAGGAGCCUCUGGUUGGAUCUGGCACUGCUCGCACUACCUUUUCUCAAGGCAGAAGAAAUGAUGUCCUGCAAAGGUCUUCAUAG